UGUGGAAUUGGGAGGGAUAAGUUAGUUAAGAGGACCGUUGAGAACAACAGACUCCAAAAGCUUUGAGCUUUGGAGAGAGGCCAUAGUGAUCUGUAAUCUCUAAUGGCUUCAAUGGCCUUUGGUCUUUCCUCAGCUACAUUAUCUUCUACCAACUCGUUACUAUAUCACAAUAAGAUUACCUCUUUUUCUAACCUUAAAUCUCAUCAGAGGACAUUACCAUGUUCUCUAUUGGGAACUAAAGUUCUCAUUAGCAAAACAGAGAGAGCAGUGAUGAUAAGAACAUGUCGUUCUCAGGUCAAUUGUUCAGCUUCUUCUACUUCGACUCUCCCAGCAGCUCUUCUGUUUGACUGUGAUGGUGUUCUUGUCGAUACGGAGAAAGAUGGGCAUCGCAUUUCAUUCAAUGAUACUUUCAAAGAGAAAGAAUUGGGUGUAACUUGGGAUGUAGAUUUGUACGGUGAAUUGCUCAAGAUUGGAGGUGGAAAAGAAAGGAUGACUGCCUAUUUUAACAAGACGGGUUGGCCAGAAAAAGCUCCCAAGGGUGAGGAAGAGAGAAAAGCAUUCAUAGCUGGACUGCACAAACGAAAGACAGAAUUGUUCAUGGCCCUCAUUGAGAAAAAGUUGCUGCCUCUUCGUCCAGGCGUUGCAAAGUUGAUAGAUCAGGCUUUUGCACAAGGAGUUAAAGUUGCUGUCUGCAGCACUUCCAAUGAGAAGGCGGUAUCUGCAAUAGUUUCUUUCUUGCUGGGACCAGAAAGGGCAGAGAAAAUCCAGAUAUUUGCAGGAGAUGUGGUUCCGCGGAAGAAGCCUGAUCCAGCCAUCUAUAUAUUGGCGGCUAACACACUUGGUGUUGAUCCAUCAAGUUGUGUUGUGGUAGAAGACAGCGGCAUAGGCCUUGCAGCUGCCAAAGCUGCUGGAAUGAAGUGUAUAGUAACCAAGAGCGGAUAUACAGCAGAUGAAGACUUUCAGAAUGCAGACGCUGUCUUUGACUUCAUAGGAGAUCCUCCAGAGGAGCGGUUCGACUUGGCAUUCUGCAGAAGCCUUCUCAAGCAGUAUGUGAGCUAGCCCACAUCCUAUCCAGUAACCAUAUGUUCCUCAGUUCCUAUGGGUUAAAUUUCACAAGACGCCUCUUGUCCUUCCUUAAGCCCUUGUGAUGGUGAUUCGGCUUAGAUAUUUAAAAAGCCAGUAUGUACUUGGUCGUUAGUUGUUCUGAUGUAGAUAUUCUUCUGAAAAAAGCACUUGCAAACUGCCUUUUUCUCAGGCUACUCUUUAAUACA